AUGACUGAAAGUUACUUGGUCGUAUGGGUUGACAGACACAUUGAUCCAGAAAAUGCUGAUUGCCAAAACAUCCUGACGAAAUUGAGAAGUAUUUUUGGCAAAGUGGAGUAUUGCAGGACAGUUGAAGAAUGUAUUGGAAUUCUCAAAGAACAGGAUGUGGCACCAACCGUUGUCAUUUCUUCCGGCUCGCUUGGACAACACCUAGCAGCGAAUAUCCAUGAAUUGAACCAAUUAAAAGCUAUCUAUAUCUUUUGUGGUAACAAACGACGACACUUGGCGUGGACUAGAAAUUGGAACAAAAUUAAAGGUAUAUACACAUCAAUCACGCCUAUCUGUGAUGCACUAGAAAUUACUCUUAAAGAAUUUAAUUCGGAUACUAUACCCAUCAGUUUCAUUCCUGCAAAUGCAGAUGGCUCUGGUAAAAAUCUCACUCAACUAGAACCAAGUUUCAUGUAUACUCAAAUAUUCAAGGAAAUUCUGCUUGGUAUGCAACAAGAACAGCAAACCAUCAAAGAUUUUGCUGAGUUUUGUACAAAAGAGUACCAGGGCGAUAACAACGAACUUGAAAUUAUCAAAGAAUUUGCAAGUAAUUAUGAACCAUCAAAUGCUAUAUGGUGGUAUACGCGGGAGUGUUUCACCUACAAAAUGUUGAAUAAAGCAUUAAGAACUCUAAAUGGUGACAUCAUCGUUCGCAUGGGAUUUUUCCUUCGCGAUGUCCACCGACAAAUUCAAGAACUAUACGAGAAGCAAGUUAGUCAGUACGAGGGUAAACCUUUUAAAGUUUAUCGAGGUCAAGGGUUAUUUGAAGAUGACUUCAAGAAAUUAGAGAAAAACAAAGGCGGACUUAUAUCUUUUAAUAAUUUCCUAUCUACUAGCAGCGAUGAGCAUGAAUCCUUUAUAUUUGCCGGUCGUGCUUCAGAGAAGGAAGGUAUGGUUGGAGUCCUUUUCGAAAUUACGAUUGACCCCAGCAUAUCGUCGAUUCCGUUUGCCUCUGUCCAGGAGAUGAGUGCUUUGAAGACAGAAGAAGAAAUACUUUUCUCUAUGCAUACAGUUUUUCGAACCGGUGAGAUUCAAACAUUUCCCGACAAUGACUAUCUUUAUCAAGUCGAACUUAAACUUACGUCAGAUGAUGACGAACAACUUCGUCAACUAACUGGUAGCAUUCGAAAAGAAGCUGCAGGUACGACUGGAUGGGCACGAUUGGGUAAUUUGCUACUCGCGAUCGGUCAAUUAGAGAAAGCCGAAGAAUUGUAUAAUACACUACUAGAACAGGCAGUAACCGAUGUUGAUAAGGUAGUUUUUUAUCAUCAACUUGGAGUGAUGAAAUACCACCAAAGACGAUACGAGGAUGCAGUUUCAUUUUACGAAAAAUCAAAUAAACUCAUGGUACAAAUACGCCCGGCAAAUGAUCCGGCAGUAGCUACUUCCUACAACAACAUCGGAUUAGUAUAUGAGAACAUGGGUGACUAUACAAAAGCACUUGAAUAUUAUGACAAAGCAGUUAAAAUCUGCAAGGAAACCCUUCCUGAAAAUGAUCCUUUAUUCGCUAGCGAGUACAACAACAUUGCUGUAGUGUAUAAAAAUAUGGGUGACUACUCGACAGCACUUGACUAUUACGACAAAGCACUUAAAAUCUCCAAGGCAAGUCUCCCUGAAAAUCAUCCUUCAUUGUGCACUUCCUACAACAACAUUGGAGAUGCGUACAGCGAAAUGAGUGAUUACAACAAAGCCCUUGAAUAUUAUCACAAAGCCCUUGAAAUAGCGAACAAAUCAUUGCCUGACAAUCAUCCUGAUUUAGCUACUUGCUACAACAAUAUCGGUGUAGUGUAUAAAGACAUAGCAGAAAACUCGAAAGCACUUGAGUAUUUCGCCAAAGCACUUAAAAUCUGCAAGGUAAUUCUCCCUGAAAAUCAUCCUUUAUUGGCUAGCUUGUAUAACAACAUCGGAGUAGUGUAUAAAAACAUGGGUGAUUACUCACGAUGUCUUGACAAUUAUAGAGAAGCAUUAAAAAUACGAGAAAGCGCUCUGCUUCCUAGUGAUCCCUUAAUGGCUAUUUCUUACAGCAAUAUGGGCUCCAUUUACGACAGCAUGGGUGAUUACUCGACAGCACUUGAAUAUUUCGAAAAAGCACUGAAAAUACGAGAAGCUGUUCUACUUCCGAAUCAUCCAGAUUUGGCUACGAUUCAUUUGAAUUUGGCAGCAUGUUACGAACGAAUAGGUAAUUAUUUGGCAGCUCUUAAGGCUCUGCAAAAUGCUUUUCAAAUUCAAGAAAAGGCAUUUCAAGUAGGUAAUCUUGCUUUUGCUUUCACAUUCAAUCGUUUUGGAAGCGUUUAUCGCGCUUCGAAAGAUUACACAAUGGCACUGGAGUACUUUGAAAAAAGUCUCUCGACUUUUCAAAAAACAUUACCUGAGAAACAUCCUUAUGUAGCUUUAGCAUACACCAAUAUAGGUGAUGUUAACCGAUUAAUGUGUAAUUAUGAAAAGGCACUCUCAUUUCACCAGAAAGCUUUGGAUAUUCAAGAAAAUGUUCAAUGUGAUCUCUCAUAUUGUGCAACAACAUAUUUAAAUUUAGGUGAAACCUAUCGUGAAAUGAAAGACUAUUCAACGGCUUUAAAAUAUUUGCAGAAAGGAUUACACAUGCGUGAACAGCAACUACCAAAAUAUCACCCAGAUUUAGCUGCUGCUUAUCAUAGGUUAGCGAAAUUAUAUUUGGCAACUCAAGAAUAUAAUAGCGCAAUGGAUAAUGUUCAACAAGCAGUUUUUAUAGCUCAGGAGAAAUUAGGUUCAAAUCAUCCUCAUCUAGUAGAGUAUCGAGAAACAUUUGAAGAGAUUCGAAAAAAACUGUGA